AUGACAACUUCUCUCACAAACUACAUUGCCUUUCGGGACCCAGAACUAGGAGUACCUCGCAUCGGUCACCUAGAUCGAGACAGCAAUACCAUCCAGCCACUUUCCUUUGCUUCUGGCGCGCCGUUACAGGAUCUUUACCAGGUGAUUGUCGCAGGUCCGAGUCGUAUUAAGGCAACAGGAACCCCAAUCAAUUUCACAUCAACCCAGAUUCUUCCACCUAUCAGUGGCCGCGAUAUUCUUGCUGUGGGCAAGAAUUAUGCAGAGCACGCCGUUGAAUUUAACAAGUCCGGGUAUGACAGCUCUGAUAAAGUUGAUCAGCCCACGCAUCCUGUCCUGUUCACCAAGCGAUCGACAUCCAUCGUCGGUCAUGGCCACCCCAUCGCUCUAUACCCGUCUUUUACACAAACCUUGGACUACGAAGGUGAGCUAGGUGUGAUUAUAGGCAAAGCUGGUUUAGGCAUUUGCAAGGAAAAUGCUAUGGAACAUGUAUGGGGCUACACUAUCAUCAAUGAUGUGACCGCCAGAGAGCGACAGCGCGAUCAUAAACAGUUCUUUAUUGGAAAAUCCGGAGAUACUUACUGCCCUAUGGGGCCUAUUGCUGUUCCUGCAAACCAUCUUCCCGACAUUCUCCGGGUUGAGACCUUUGUAAACGGGCAAAAUAGACAGAGUGCAACCACCAAGGAUCUAAUUUUCUCUAUUCCCACUCUUAUUGAGGUCCUUUCCGAAGGAAUUACGCUUCAGCCGGGAGAUGUGAUUGCCACAGGAACGCCUGCUGGCGUCGGAUUUGGACAGAACCCCCCUGUCUUUCUCAACCCAGGCGAUGAGGUCGAAGUGACUGUCACAGGUUUGGGCUCCCUGAAAAAUACCAUCAUUCGACCCAAGCCUGGUCUUUCAUUAGCAGCUGUGCCAAAUGAUUUGGCUCUUCCGCAAACCAACACAUCAAAAACCAUUACCGAAAAUUCUCUCACAGAAGUCCAUGGGAAGCAUCUGUAUCAGAAAACAGAGGGUGCAGAGUCUUCUUCUUCAUCGAUCGUGUUUGUUCAUGGGCUAGGCGGGUCUAUGGAGUUCUAUACGCCUCUCAUCAACGCUCUCGGUCUGAAAAAAUCACACAAGUUACACCUGGCGGAUUUAGAGGGCCAUGGACUCUCACCAACUUCUCCGUUAUCAUCUAUAACUAUUGACUCUUUGGCGGAUGACUUGGCGGGCAUCUUUGAGAUAGCAAAUCUCUCUUCAUCUUCAGAUACAACGCUAGUCGCUCAUUCCAUGGGGUGUCUUGUGGCACUAAGAUUUGUUAUCCAGCACCCUGACCAAGUGAAAAGAUUGGUCUUGCUUGGUCCACCUCCCAAUCCGCUCCCAGAACCUGCAGUAAACGCAUUCAACGACCGUGCUACUCUUGUUCGUAAAAGGGGCAUAAUCGCAGUACUUGAUAGUGUCGCUGAAUCUGGCACCUCACGCCGCACAAAGGGUACUAUUGGACUCACAGCAAUCCGGCUUAGCUUGUUUGGAACAGAGCCUGAAUCUUAUGCCAAAGCUUGCACUGCACUUGCUGGAAGCAAGGCAUUAGUACUCGAGUCCGUCCCAUGCAAGACCUUAAUUAUUACUGGCGAUGAAGAUAAAGUCAGCCCUCCAAGUUUAUGCACUACAUAUUCCGGUCGGAUUCCGAAUUCGUUGCCCCCUGUGGUCCUGAAGGAGGUGGGUCACUGGCACAUUUUUGAAGAUCCUCAGGGUGUUGCUACAGCAAUUCAGGAGUUUCUAUGA